CUCUGGUUGCACAUGUAUGCUAGGCGUAGGUGAGUCGCUGCAACCAUCAGUUUGUACACGUCAGUGGCAGCCAGCCGUUAACCAGGAAGUGGCUAGCAGGCUCAGCCAGCACAGGAUCAUGAGCAGCUGAGACUUCGGCUGUUUCCACAGAAGGGCAGGAUGGGCAGGCAGAGGAAGAGGGUGGUGACUGGUGACGCUCCUCCCCAUUCAAGGAGAGAUGAGAGGCCCGCUGCAUUUAAUCGCAAAGAGAAGAAAAAGAAACCCGAUAUUGGAAAAUUGUUCAUCAACAUCUCCAUUGGGCUCUGCAUAUUCAGCCUCAUCUGGUUCUUUUAUGCCAUCUACAUGAGGUCCAGUCUGUCGAAGCGCGUGGUAACUCUGCAUCCAUCACCGCGUGUCCUUGAUGCCAAUAGCACCACUGCAGAGGUUUCCUCUGAGAGGUUCUGGGGCUCGUACAGGCCUCAGGUCUACUUCGGCAUGAAAACCAGAAGCCCCAGGUCCGUUGUGACGGGGAUGAUGUGGAUGCGUCAGUUUUCCAACUUGGACAUGAACCUUAGGCAUACAUGCGAGCAGGGGGAUCAUUUGCAAGGCUACAGCUGGCUAAUGCACGACGGACUGACGUUUGGCGUACAGGAAAUUCGAGAUAAUGACUUCACGCUAACCACUGAGUUUGUUAAGAGGAUCGGCGGGGAUCAUGGAGGAGACUGGACCUGGAGGAUCACAGCCAAACAGCAUAGCUCAGCCCCCCAGCCUCCCGUCAUAUCCCUGAUUUUUUACGCAGCAGCAGACAUGCAGGGCUCGCUGCAUACUCACAUGGAGGAGAGGCAGCGCCUUGCUUCUAUCACUGGUUUCUCCGAUGAACUGGGAAACUUUAAGAUCACUUUCAGGAAGCCUGUCACUGGGGAGUUAUCCAGCACAAAAUAUGCCAGUUACAACUAUCUUCAGACCUUGUCUCCUGGCUUGGAGAAGCUGACUGAUAUUGUGAAGCUCAGUCUGAACCGCAGGUUUGUCUACAGCCCGCCAUCUGGUGAGAAGAGGCACUACAUUGGUGUGGACACCUACAAGCCCCCCCACCAUCAGAACCAGCAGAAACCUGCUGACCCACGAAAAGAAAGUGACUUUGUGGUCCACCAGGUGACUGUUCAGACGCCUUUCCAGAUUGAAGUUCUGUUUGAGUCAGGAAGUUUCUACAAUCGCCCCAACCAGCUCGUUGGUUCUAUCAUGACUCAGGAGUUGGAGAGGAGGAAAGCGGAGUUUAAUGGGAAGUUUGAGAAAAUAUUUGGACUAGAGAGUAAAGGUUUUAGUCAGACAUACAUAAAAUUUGCCAAAGCAGCGCUCAGCAACAUGUUGGGUGGAAUGGGUUACUUUUAUGGCGAGUCAGUGGUGCAGUCAGUAUACAAUGAAUACCCUAUCCUUUACCCCGAAGGGGCUUUGUUCACCGCUGUCCCGUCCCGCUCUUUCUUUCCCAGAGGCUUCCUCUGGGAUGAGGGCUUUCACCAGCUAUUGCUGAGUAAGUGGGAUCCCCAGCUGACCAGGGAGGCUAUUGGCCACUGGUUCGACCUAAUGAACAUGGAGGGCUGGAUUCCCCGUGAGCAGAUUCUUGGAGAUGAGGCUCGCAGUAAAGUCCCAGCUGAAUUUAUUGUCCAGCGGAACGAGAACGCCAACCCACCUACUCUCUUCUUAGCUCUGCAGGAACUGAUUGGACAGCUUUCUUCAAGAUCAGACGAGGCAGCAUCUAAACCAACUCUGCCUUUCCUUCGAAGGCUGUUCCCCAGGCUGAAAACCUGGUUUCAGUGGUACAACACCACACAGACGGGGCCAAAACCCAAUUCUUACCGCUGGCGUGGGCGAGACAAGGACACCAAUCUGUACCUUAAUCCUAAAACCUUAACCUCCGGACUGGAUGACUACCCACGUGCCUCUCAUCCCUCAGCAGACGAGCGGCACGUGGAUUUGCACUGCUGGAUGGCCUUGUCCUCAGGCAUCAUGGCCAGCAUAGCUCAACUUUUAGGUGAGCCCCACGAGGACUAUAAACUCCUACACGAUGUGCUCAGAGACAACAACCUGCUCAACGACCUCCACUGGUCAGAGCAACUACAUGCUUUCAGUGACUAUGGCAACCACACCCAAAAUGUGUCCUUGCAGCGGGAGAAGGUGUACGUACCACCCGGACAGCCCCGCCACCAGUUCCCCGUGGCACGUCUCGUGCGCUCUGUCCGCAGGGCCCCGAAACUGCAGUACGUCAACGCCCUGGGUUACGUCAGCUUGUUCCCCUUCUUGCUCCAAAUCCUCCAACCCGACUCGCCCAAACUGGAACACAUCCUCCGAGACAUGAGAGACCCCAAUAAGCUGUGGACGCCCUUUGGCCUGCGCUCUCUCUCGAAGACCGAUCCUCUUUACAUGGAGCGAAACACGGAGCAUGACCCGCCCUACUGGAGGGGACCUGUUUGGAUUAAUAUCAACUACCUGGCAGUCAGAGCCCUCUACCACUACGGCAACUCAGAAGGCCCAUACCAAGAGAAGGCAGCUGAUGUUUAUAAGGAACUCAGGACUAACAUUAUAAACAAUGUUUAUAUGCAGUAUGUUGAAACAGGGUAUAUCUGGGAACAGUACAAUGACAGCACUGGCAGGGGCCAAGGCAGCCAACCUUUCACUGGCUGGUCAUCCUUGACAGUAUUAAUGAUGGCUGAGCAUUACUGAAACGUUGGAUUUCAUCUCUUUGCUGCUAUCAUUCAGGCAGAAUCGACUGUUAAGAUGUAACAUUGUGGUCUGUUUGACUAUGCUGGUCUAAAGGAGAGAUAAGUUACAUCUGUCUUCAUCAUCAAAUUUUUUCGUGAACCCUUUAAUAGAAAUAACAGAUGUAUACAUUUCCAUCGCUGGAACAAAAUGAAACAGCUGCAGCUUUUGCCAUCCACACUAAUUUCCUUAAGCCCAAAACUACUCAUACACCUGGCAGAUUUCGAUUUCAAAUCGUUUUCAUUCAACAAAAGUCCUUUUCUCAUUUGAAAUAAAAAACAUGCAGAAUGAGAAUCAGUUUUAACAAAAAAUGAUGUUUUUUUAUUUUUAUUGCUACACUACAUUAAAAACAUUUUAAAAAUUAUUUAUGCUCUUCUCUGUCUGCUCCGUUCAGCAACGUUAUUUGCAGUCAGAUGAAACAUGUUUGUGAAAUUAAAAGAUUACUUUAAACCUGAAUCUGCCAUUGGUAUCAACUUUAAAUCCUCUAACAUCUUCACACAUCUGCACCUUUACUGUUCCACACUUGUUUUUGGAAAAUGAGGACAGACAUGUAUAAAAGAGAAACUCAUAUUCUACAGAUGUAAUUCACUCACAGAGUGAUGUUCUUUAAAUGUUUGUGGUUGAUUUUGGUUAUUUUGGCUCACUGCUAAUUAAAACCCCAAAAUUUAAUUUCCUUGAAAAUUAGGAUGUUGCAUAAAAUAGAUUUUUUUUAAAAAUUAUAUGGAUAUGUCAGCCUGCUGAAAUGUAUGUCCAUGUAGGAAACAGGACUCAAAUUUGGUUGGGGUCCUUUUGCAGGAACUACUGCAUCAAUGAGGGGUGUCAUGGAGGUGAUCUGCCUGUAGCACUGAGGUGUGAUGGAGGCCCAGGUCGCUUCAAUAGUGACCUUUAGCUUGCCUACAUUGUUGGGUCUGUCAACUGGAGUAAUGUCAUCAUUCUUUUGACAAAUCUUUAGAGCAUCUCUGGCUUUAGGUCAUCCCAGUUUGCUGCCCAGUUGGCACAGACUGUGGAAAUUUUACACUGAACCUCAAGCAUCUUGGAUUCUGACCCUCUCCACUCUUCACCUAGACUCAGACCUUGAUUUGCAAAUGAAAUGCAAAAUUUAGUUUUAACCUGUAAAGACGAUUUUGACAUUCCUGUAAUUUUUCUCCUUAGUCCAGGUAAGAUGCUAACUUGGGCUGCACAGUAUUUCACAACUGACAUCCUUAUGACAGUGUUUACCAAUAUUAUUAUGAGAUGAUUUUCAAGUAUUGUGCAUCCCUAUUUAUUACAUUGUCUCUGGUUCAGUUACAGUGUAACAGAAGUACUGUCAGUUAUAGCCAGUAUCCUGGAUACAUCUGUGUGUGAUGGCUCUUGAUGUAGCAUUGUGAAUCCUUCAGUUUCCUCUUUUGCUUUUGCACAUUUUCUCCCACACCUUUUCCAUCCACUUAACUUUCCAAUGAUAUGUUUGGAUACUGAACAGCAAGGUUUUUUGCCAAUGACCUCUUGUGGAUUAGACUUCUUGAGGAUGGUGUCAGUGACUGUCUGCUGGGCAACUAUUAGGUCAAGAGCCUUCAUCAUGAUCAUGUAGGUCAAAACAUGGCCGUAACAAUUCUGUCUUUUUGUUUAAUUUGUUUUUGUAACAUUCAAAUUUUCUGAGAGUGACAUUUUGGCUUUUUCUUGGGGGUUGUACGGAAUUUAAACUCAGUGUUUAUCUCUUUGUGUCACUAAGGAGAACUGAAGUUACAUUUGCCAUCACAUGUUCUCAUCCAUCCAUCCAUCAAUUGCUCCAUCUAUUUUGGGUGAAGUUCCAACCUUUUCCAUCACUCGUUUACUUUCACACCAUGUGCCGCUUGAAGAUGGACACAUAUUUGAUAAGCUGCAAGUCUAAUUGAGCCGGAUGUUUCAAUGCGCAGCUGGUUAUUACAUAUGUUUGGGGUUUUAUUUGAGUUCUAAUUGUACUUGGCCAUAAUCGGGGCUAUGAUUUGUAAUUGUGCCAUUUUCUCAGUUGUGUUGCUCUGUUGAUUCUGUCUUAAACAUUGAUCAGUUUUGAUAUUCGCUUGUUAAUUAUGACUUGAAAAGAAGUUUCUAAAAUAACUGUUUCCAGUGGCAGACAUUUUGUGUGUACUGGUUUGUUUGGCAAGGGAAAACAUCGCUGAAGUAUUGGAGACUUUGUCAAAACAUUAAAUGGCUUAAAUAUU